GUUGAGUUGUUCCCUGAACUUUCAAAUGUUCCCUUUGUAUGUACCUAAGUACCGAAAUAGUGUACAUACAGAAUCCCUCCAGAGUCCAGCAGGACCAGCACUGGAGAGUCCACAUCACUGAAGUGGCUUUAACUUUAAGAAGUGGAAGUGGAAGUACAUAAGCUUCGUACCUCUUUGGUAGUCAUUUGGUACAUAGUACGAUUUUAAUUUGUUCGAAGCGGAACGGCACGACAACUUUCUUUUUAUUCACGUCAACUUGAACAGUCCUGAUCACCACUUUACCACCCAACUCUGAACAAUCCUCCUUACAAGAUACCCGUUGUUCUUUGUUGUUCGAUCCCCCUCUGCUUUCCUUGAUCGACCUACUAUUCAUUUAGUACCUGUGAGAUCUCUAGACCUCCAGUCUCUAUACCUUGUACGUUAGGUACAAUACAACACCUAAAUAAUAGUGCAUACCUACCCAUAAGCCAUCAAUCAACCUCGCCCAUAACCACGCCCAUAACCACGCUCAUAUUCAGAUCGCAUUUACUCCUGGAAGAAGUCAUCACACAUGACACAGCCCGAUGAUUUAUGACGCCUCGGGCAAACCCUACGCUCCUGGUGGCGACUGAUUUCCGCAUCACAGAACCCUUCUAUUGUUAAGUUAACAGAGUCUCACUCAACAUGCCUAUUGGUGAUCUUCUCGCCGAGAUCUCAGGCGGCACGUCGUCGAACGCGCCGCCACCAAAGACACCAACCUCAUCCAGCCUCAAGCGCAAAGCAGACGAUGAUAACCAAAGCACAACAUCGAUCAAGGCUACCAAAUCACGGCAACAAGACGGGUCCUACUCUGCAACUAAGAUUACCCGCGAUUUGAAGGAUGACAAUACCAUGGUGGAUCGACUAAAGAUAACAACAUCAUCAUCCGUAUCCACCAAAACAGCGUCGCUGCCUCACCGAACAAAUCCGCCGGCAACAAAUGGCCGCUAUGAACCGCCCGUGCCCAAUAAGCCGCGCUCAACCACCACCGCCUUCUCAAACAACAGGCCAAGCACUACUUCUCAAGCAAGGAAAUCCUCAACCCCCACCGUUCAGCCGAGACUCAGUUCGGCUGCUCUAGCAGCUGCUUCCAAAGCAGCUCCCUCGAGACCAUCGCCCACAACUCCCACGGCCACCGAUCCAUCCAAGGCACCCAAGAAGGGAUCAUUCCAAGAGAUCAUGGAACGUGCGAAGAAGGCGCAGCAAACUAUGGGCAAGGUCGGUGUGAUUCAGCACAAGUCUAUCGGGAACAACAACAGCAAGAAAGAGCAGCCUGUGAAGACGGAACAGAAGUCAGCCAAGAUGAAGGGGGCCGAUGGAAAACCGUAUCUUGGAAAUGGUCGACCAUCCAUGGGUUCUUCUCGUGGUGCAACGAAGCCUGGAGCGGCUGCUCGCGAUGCAGGUCGAAACGGUGCUGCGCAAGACGCGAAGACAGGUGGCAAGUCGAGACCUGGAUCAUCAGCAGGUGAGGUAGCAGAGAAGAAGGUCAAGAAAUCAGCAACGGCUACUACGGGCUAUACUGGAACUGCACGUCCCCGCCCUGGUGCGGCGUCAGGCAAGCCAUCUUUGUCUAGAAAAGGGUCGUCAUACAACUCUGGUGGACUGCUUGCACCCCCGAAACCAAGCCGCCGAGAUCGAUACGAAGAUGAAUACGAUGACGAGCUGGACGAUUUCAUUGAAUAUGACGACGAUGAAGGGCCCGGUCCUCAAGGCUAUGGGUACGAUUCCGAUGGAUCCAGUGACAUGGAAGCCGGCCUCUCAGACAUCGACGUAGAGGAGCGAAGAGCCGAAGUACUAGCACGAGAGGAGGACAAGAGAGAGGCUGCAUUAGAGGAGAAGCUGAAACGAGAGAAGGAAGAACGAAGACGUCGACUUGGUCAAGGUCGUUAGAAAGGAUCUUUUCCCCAUAUUUCGCCCAUGAAAAGAUCCUGUUCGAGUCGAAGGUGGCCAAGGCAGGCGGGCAGUCACGCUUCUUUUUUUCCCUCUCUCUUUUUUCUUCCCUCUCCAUCCACGUUUGUUUUGAUUUCUAAGAGACACGGCCUCAUGUAAAUGGAAAUUGCAUGGAAGAUGGCGUUAACGAGAAUAUCCUUUCACGCCGUUUGAGGCUAAACCAGGGUUAGCAACGGCGUUCUUCAUCAUCAUAAUCAUGCAUGCAUGUCCCUUCAUCCCCCUCAUCUAUCCCCAUCUCUCAAUAUCCCCCUCCCCAUAUUCAUCAUAUCCCCAACAUCUACCCCCCUACAUUAUUGUGUCCAGGGCCAUCGAUCUAGAGGGUUCAGCCGCGCGAUGAUGGAUGGGUCUAUAGUUUUUUUCAAUGUUCAGCAUAGUACAGCACAGCCUUUUAAGAGAGGUGUCUCUACACAGAUCAAUAGGUAUGCACAAAACAGAGAAAGAGUACUUACUUACUAGGUACUGUACAUCAUAAUGCUUCAAAACUUCAUAAUGGUUAGUUCAAUAGUAGUUAGUAAUACGUGUGUGUGUGUGUGUGGUGGUAUUCCUGAAAUUUUAGAGUGUUCAUUAUCCUAGUUCGUGUCUUUUGAGUUGAUUUGAUUUAUUGCUGGUUAUGUAUGCUGCGUACGUGUGUAUCUAGUAGGUUAUAU